AUGGAUUUUUCGUCCGGUCCUCAAAAUUUGAAUCCAACUAUUUAUGAGCGCACUGAAGAACGAACUAUACAAGCAUCUGAUUACGAUAAUGAUGUAACUGAUGAAAUCGAUCGUCGAGAGAUCUUCGAUCUCAUUCGAACAAUAAAUGAUCCUGAACAUCCAUUGACAUUAGAAGAGCUCAAUGUUGUCGAUUUAGAUGGUAUCACCAUUGAUAAUCAAGCAAAUACAGUUCAAGUGCAAUUCCGACCCACCAUUCCACACUGUUCGAUGGCAACAUUAAUUGGUUUGAGUAUUCGAGCUAAACUACUCUAUACUCUACCAACUCGGUAUAAAGUCGGUGUGAAUAUUAUCGAAGGUGCACAUAUUCAAGAGAAUCAAAUCAACAAACAAUUGAAUGAUAAAGAACGUGUAACAGCUGCUCUAGAAAACAAUCAUCUUCGUGCAGUCGUUAAUCGUUGUAUUGUUCCACAGAAUAGUUGA